AUGGCCGCGAAACAACAUCUAAUGACUUUGGCGGACCUUUCAGUCCCUCAAAUUAACCGCCUACUUGCACAUUCGCUUUAUUGCAAGCAAAUUUCGAAGCCAUGGCUAGAGCCCCAAUCCCACAAGCCUACGAAAAAAACGCAGCUCAGGAUGCCUUCGCAAUCUCUCUUUAGUAAGACCAUCGCGCUGCUCUUUUCGAAAAGAAGCACGCGAACGCGACUGGCUGCAGAGACAAGUGUAUCUUUGUUAGGUGGCAACGCGCUGUUUCUCGGAAAAGAGGACAUUCAACUGGGUGUUAAUGAAACACCUAGGGAUACAGCGCGUGUAAUUGGCGGGAUGACUGAAGGAAUCUUUGCUCGCGUUGGUGCACACGAAGAGAUUGAGGAGCUCGCAAGAUACUCCCCCGUCCCGGUCGUUAAUGCAUUGUCUUCUCUGUGGCACCCCACUCAGAUACUCGCGGACCUUCUCACUCUACAUGAACAUUCGCAUCUCUUUGCAAAACCCGACUCUCAGGCUGAUAGUACUUUAGAAUAUAAAAACAUGCAAACCGCUGUCAAAUCGCGUAAACGCGAGAAAGUUAUGUCUCUACCAGAGCUUCGUCCCCUCACUAUUUCAUAUAUUGGGGACAGUGCAAAUGUUUUGCAUGACAUGCUUGUGACUUAUCCACGACUCGGUCACUCGCUUAGGGUGGCUACUCCAUCCAAGUAUCGGGCUCCCCCUGAAGUUUGGAAGCGAGUAGAAGAGCUCGGAUGUGACAAAGGUAUCUGGUGGGGAGAAGAUCCUAAAGAGGCCGUGAAAGGAGCUGACGUCGUGGUGACUGAUACUUGGAUCUCUAUGGGACAAGAAGCGGAAAAGGCACAGCGGCUUCAAGAUUUUCAAGGAUACCAAGUUACAGAAGCUUUGUGUCAAGAAGGAGGAGCUAAUCCCGACUGGAGAUUCUUGCAUUGUUUGCCGAGAAAGCAAGAUGAGGUUGACGAUGAGGUCUUUUAUGGUCCCCGUUCGCUCGUAUUUCCUGAGGCAGACAAUCGAAAGUGGACUACCAUGGCAGUAUUUGAUUUAUUUUUUGGGAGGUGGGAUAUCUCCGCCGACUCUAGCAAACCAAAGCCAAAGUCAUCUGAAGAGCAAAAAAGCUGA